CAUACACUUAUGUGGCUGAGAAUGUUCUUAUGCGUAUAUAUAAACACAAGGGCCAAUAAUAUAAUUCGUAGACCGACCCAAGAAAUAAAAUGGAGAGUUUUUCUUUUUUCUUGAAAUCCUAGAAAUUUCGUAUUCCACAAUCUCCUCGGAUAAGAGCAGGUUUAAAACCCCUACCCGUUUCCCGCACUCGAACCUUCGACCUCUGUCUCUCCGGUCAAAGGGUUCUCUGGUAAGAUAUAUACAAAAUGGAGAGAGUUGUGGACAAGUUAGCUAAAAUCUUUUCGCAACAUGCUAAAUCUCUCCCCCUUUUCUUCCUUUACUUCUUCUACUUCUUGUUCUUCUCCUUCUUGGGGUUCUUGGCACUCAAGAUCUCAAAGCCAAGAACCACUUCACGUCCUCAUGACUUGGAUCUGUUCUUCACUUCUGUCUCCGCCAUCACUGUCUCCUCCAUGUCAACCAUCGACAUGGAAGUCUUCUCAAACACCCAACUUAUCAUCAUUACUAUCCUCAUGUUUCUAGGCGGCGAGAUCUUCACUUCUUUCGUGAAUCUCUACUUCUCUCAUUUCAUUAACUUCAAAAUCAAACAUCUUGUGGGCUCUUUCAACUUCGACCGUCCUAUCAAUGAUCCGGGUAGUGAUCUUGAGAAUGUUACUAAUCAUGUCAAGCUUUCUAGUCAGAUCAAUGAAAGGGCCUCUAAGUGUUUGUACUCGGUGGUUCUUGGUUACCUUUUUGUAACCAACAUAGCUGGUUCCACGUUGCUUCUUCUGUACGUAAAUUUUGUUAAAACGGCGAGAGAUGUUCUUAGUUCCAAAAAAAUCUCACCUCUCACUUUCUCGGUCUUCACAGCUGUCUCUACGUUAUCAGACUGUGGAUUUGUCCCCACGAAUGAGAACAUGAUCAUCUUCCGAAAGAACUCUGGCCUCCUCUGGCUCUUAAUCCCUCAAGUAUUCAUGGGAGACACUUUGUUUCCUUGCUUCUUGGUUUUGGCCAUAUGGGGACUUCAUAAGAUCACAAAUCGAGAAGAAUUGGGUUACAUUCUCAAGAAUCACAAGAAGAUGGGAUACUCUCAUUUACUCUCCGUUCGUCUUUGUGUUCUUCUUGCUUUGACGGUGUUAGGGCUUGUGAUGAUACAGUUUCUUCUAUUCUGCACCUUUGAAUGGAACUCUGAGUCUCUUGAAGGAAUGAAUUCCUACGAGAAGUUGGUUGGAUCGUUGUUUCAAGUUGUCAACUCGAGACACACUGGAGAAACCGUUGUCGACCUCUCUACACUUUCUCCAGCAAUCUUGGUACUCUUCAUCCUCAUGAUGUAUCUUCCUCCCUACACACUAUUCAUGCCGUUGACCGUAGAAAAGAAUAAGAAAGAGGGUGAACACGAUUCCGGAGAUGAAAUUAAAGGAAAGAAGAAUGGGUUCUACGUGUCACAACUCACCUUUCUAGCGAUAUGUAUCUUUCUCAUUUCCACCACCGAAAGUCAAAAACUAAGACGAGAUCCACUCAAUUUCAACAUCCUCAACAUCACUUUCGAAGUUAUCAGUGCAUAUGGAAACGUUGGGUUCACGACCGGUUACAGCUGCGAGCGGCGCCUAGACAUCAGCGAUGGUAGCUGUAAAGACGCAAGUUAUGGGUUUGCAGGACGAUGGAGUCCCGUUGGAAAAUUCAUACUUAUAAUAGUAAUGUUUUAUGGUAAAUUUAAGCAAUUCUCAGCUAAAUCUGGCAGAGCGUGGAUACUUUAUCCUUCAUCUUCGUAAAUCUCCAUAGUUUUCCCUUUUUUUUAAUUGUGUGUGAAGUACUACAAGCAAUAUUUGUAUAUGGAGAAGCCAAGGAGCAACCAUAUUAGGCUUGUGUUUUACGAGAAUCAAUCAAGAACCGAGUAUUAUUCGGAAUAAGAAAAACAAACUAGUGGCCCUCAA